AUGUCCAACCCCUACAAUCGCCGUUCGAUACCCGACUACUUCAUUUCCUCCCCUCUCACGGCCCUCCUUUAUCCUUUCCACCAAUGUCUGCUACGACUCCGCGGACCUCCUCGACUACCUCCUCCCGACGCCCAUCCCAUCCGCGUCGUCUGCAUCUCCGAUACCCACAGCCUUGAAUGGACCGAUGUCCCCGAUGGUGACCUUCUUAUACACGCCGGCGAUCUCACAAAUGACGGCAGCGUCCGCGAGAUUCAAGCCGCCGUCGACUGGCUACGCGCCCUGCCUCACCCUCACAAGGUCGUCGUCUGCGGCAACCACGACAGCUACUUUGACGUGCGCUCCCGUCUCCCCGAGGACCGCGAUGCCUCUUCCUUCUCGGCCGUCUCCUCAUCUACCGCUUCUCUCCGUUCCCUCGAUGAAUUCGACUCCCCGACUCGCAUCGAAUGGGGUGAUGUUCAUUACCUCCAACAUUCCUCCGUCACCCUCUCUUUCCCUCCUCCUUCCUCUUCGACUACCUCUGCCACAUCGUCUCUCGCCACGGCAACGACCACAACUCCCUCUCGGGCCCGCUCCCUAACCCUCUACGGCGCCCCCCAAGUCCCCGCCCUGAUGUCCCUCGGCUCUGAACACGCCUUCACCUACCCCCCGCACUACGACGCCUGGUCCGGCACCGUCCCGCUAGCAACAGACAUCCUAAUCACCCACACCCCGCCGCAAUCCCACCUCGACAUGUCCCCCGUCUACUCGACCGGCUGUCCAUAUCUCCUCGCCGAGGCCUGGCGCGUACGCCCCGCACUGCACGUCUUCGGGCACAUCCACCACUCAUACGGCCGGGAGCCCGUGUUUUGGGACGAAGCCCAGCGCGCCUGGGAGCGGUUGUGUCUCGUGCGGCGGCGUCGGGCACGCUAUUCACGCUUCAGCGCGCUGUUCGGCUUCUUGAGGGACCUGUUUGAUGUGUCCGCGUGGGUUGAUACCGCGCGUGUGCUCGGCUAUGGUGUUUUAGGCGUCGUGUGGGCGAAGGUCUGGGGUGGUGAGGAGAUGGGGUGCGGGUGGUUGGUUAAUGCAGCCUGCAUGUAUGGUAAUUCGGGGAGGCUGGGGAAUAGGCCACAGGUGGUGGAGCUGUGA